GACGUCCUCGGAGGAGUGGAGGAGAUGCGGGAGUAAAGGGACUCGGGAGAGGAGCAGCCUGCAGCCUAGCGCAGGGUCGGGUCCCGGCGCGGGGUGGCGCCAGAGGAGGGACGGCGGGCAGGCAGGGGAGGAGGCGACCCGCAGGGCAACGCGCACACCGCACAGCCGCCGCUCCUGCUGUCUGCGCGGCGAUGGGCGCGGCUCGCGUCCCUCCCGUCGCCUUUCAACCCAGAGAGCCCACCAGAGACCGGGAGAGCACGCGCGUCCCAGCCACAGCCGCGGGCUCGGCGCUUCUCCGCGGCCGGGGACCCCGCGAGGGCCCAGUGUCGGAGCACUUGGAGCGUUGACUGCCCUCUGGUGGUGAGCCAGAACCAAUUCGUUCCAUGACCUGAGAUGCCCAUUCUUGAUCCUGCGCUACCCACUGGGAGCAAGAGGCCAGCUGAAGAACAUCUGGUCUUCAACUAUGCCUGAUGAAGGAGAUUAAUGAAACAACCCUUCACUUCUACUUGGAUCCAUUGUUUUUGUUUUUGUUUUUUAUCCUGAAUUUGGACUCUGGAGACAGCUCUGAGAUGGAGCCUCUGGAAGAAAGACUCGAGUUGUUGUUUCUGUGCUUUAGCAAACGGUUUGCAUCCUUGACCGGGUAUAGCCAAGACUGAGUAGAUACUCACAGAGGUGCAUGUGGUGACAUGGAGCCGGAAAUCAACUGCUCUGAAUUUUGUGACAGUUUUCCUGGUCAAGAGCUGGAUCGGAGACCCCUUCAUGAUCUUUGCAAGACAACCAUUACUGACUCCCAGCACAGUAGUGUGGACAUCUCCCCACUGUCUCCUGCCCUCUUGGGUAUUAUGUGGACCUUUCUCAGCUGUGGGAUACUUCUGGUGCUUUUCUUUCUGGCUUUCACAAUUCGCUGCAGGAAGAACAGGAUUGUGAAGAUGUCCAGCCCCAAUCUGAACAUUGUGACCUUGCUGGGCAGUUGUCUGACCUACAUCAGCGCUUACCUUUUUGGGAUUCAAGAUGCUCUUGUGGGGAGUUCAGUGGAAGCUGUCAUUCAGACGAGACUGUCCUUGCUAUGCAUUGGGACAUCCCUGGUGUUUGGCCCUAUUCUGGGCAAAAGCUGGCGACUCUACAAAGUGUUUACCCAGAGAGUACCGGACAAGAGAGUGAUUAUCAAAGACCUGCAGUUGCUGGGGUUGGUGGCAGCCCUGGUGGUGGCUGAUGUAAUCCUGCUCGUGACAUGGGUGCUGACUGAUCCCAUCCAGUGCCUCCAGAUCCUUGGUGUCAGCAUGAAGGUGACAGGGAGAGAUGUAUCCUGCUCUUUGACCAACACACACUUCUGUGCUUCACGGUACUCUGAUGUCUGGAUUGCCCUGGUUUUGGGAUGCAAGGGGCUGCUGCUGCUCUAUGGUGCUUAUCUGGCCGGCCUGACCAACCAUGUCAGCUCUCCUCCAGUGAACCAGUCCUUAACCAUCAUGGUCGGGGUCAACCUCCUGCUCCUCAUCGCUGGGCUGCUUUUUGUGGUCACCAGAUACUUGCACUCCUGGCCCAAUCUGGUCUUUGGACUCACAUCCGGAGGUAUCUUCGUUUGCACAACCACCGUGAACUGCUGUGUCUUCCUUCCCCAGCUGAAGCAAUGGAAGGCAUUUGAAGGAGAAAACCAAACCACCAGACACAUGGCCAAAUACUUCAGCACUCCCAGCAAAAGCUUCCAUGGCCAGUUCGAUGAGGACCAGAGCUGCCACUUAAGGGAUGAGAGGAGCUGCAUGGAGAGGCUCCUCACAGAAAAAAAUGCAGUAAUUGAAAGCCUGCAAGAGCAAGUCAGCAACGCCAAGGAAAAGCUGGUGAAGCUGAUGUCUACAGAGUGCACCUAUGACUCUCCAGAGUGGGCCGUCCCAGCUGCAGUCUCUGCCCACGGGCUGGCACUUCAGGGACCUUCAGAAUGCCCUGCUACUUCUGAGAGUGAGAGCCGAGCAGCUGCUGAGGACUCCCUACAUGCCUCAGUGGCCUCCCAGCAUAUGCAAGGCUCUGGGGCAUCGAGAAGGGACACCAGUCCCUCCCCAGACAAAAAGGACAACAUGCCUUUGAAACAGUUUUGUGAUCAUUUGGACACGAGUUGCAGCCAGAAGCCAAAGGCUGAACAAAGCGAGGGUCCUGAAAGAGGAGAUCAGGAACCCAUGGCUGCCAGCCGGAGUUUAAUGGCAGAGGGAGUGGCCUGUGAACCCCAUAGGCUCAGGCAGAACUCAGAGGUACUCCCAGAAAGGUUACCUCGGGUCAGUUCAGUAGUCAGAGAGAAGCUUCAGGAAGUUUUACAAGAGCUAGACCUGGGCUCUGAGGCUCCCCUUCCCCCACUGCCCUGUCCCCAGCCGCUCUGGAAGAGUACCACUUCCCGCAGCCCCCAGAAGCUGUCCCCAUCUAAACUGGGUUUCAGCCCGUAUGUGGUGAGGAGGAGACGAGCAGCCCAGCGGGCUCGCUCCCACAUCCCUGGCUCUGUGGGUCUCAAUAUGGGGCAUCAAGCAAAUAGUAACGUUUCUAGUGCACAAAGUGGGCUUAUUGGACAGAACAGAGACAGCUCCAGGCUGGACCACCACAAUGAAAGGUCCAAGGUACCACGAUCCUCUUCUGUAAAACCAUCACCACUCUCAGAACCUCACUGGAAACAGGGUCCCCUGGAGGGCAGCAAACAAUGCGAGACCGAGCCUCAGGAGGCCGGAGGAUGCAAUGUAGCAGCUUCUUGCCAACCUUCCACUUCUGCCCAGGCACAAAGUUCCCCUGCCCCACGCCUACCCUCUUCACCAGCUCUGCCCAGGCAGCGUCAGCCUCGACCCCGACUGUCCCCUGGCUGUCCGUCCUUGUCUUCUGGGUGCUACAACCUUGACAGUGAGUCCAGCAGCUCAGAUGAGUUCUUCUGCCGCUGCCACAGGCCCUACUGUGAAAUCUGCUUCCAGAGCUCUUUGGACUCCAAUGAUAGUGACACUUCAGACAGUGACCCUGAGCAGGCUUCAGGAUUGGCCUCCUGGGAAAAGCUGUGGGCCCGCUCCAAGCCUGUUGUCAACUUCAAAGAUGAUUUGAAGCCCACGCUAGUGUGAAAAGCAGCAAGGUGGGCUGGCCACAGAGGUCAGUCUGGGUCCCCACAGAACCAGGGAUCAUGGGAGGAGAGCUAGAUCUCAGUCUUUGGGGACCAGAUCAGCACCAUGCCUUGACCAGCCUCAACUGUGUUCCAGCUGUGUUCUUUCUUACUCGGAAGACCUCUUGAUCUAUGAAAAGGGCCUUACCCACCCUGCUACUACCUCAGCGAUACUGUGAGCAGCUCUAGUGAGGGAUUAUAGAAUAACUCCUUCAACCGAAGGUGCUAAAUGAGAAAUAGGCUUGUCUAUUCAUCUCAGCCUGUUCUUUACGGUCCUCUGGUUGUAUACCAAGUAGCUAGCUGGAUGAAUGGACCGAAAGAUGGAGAGAUAGAUUUCUGCAGAACCACUGUGAACAGACCUGCAGGUAGAUGAGCCUACACCUUUGUCCCUCCAACUCAUAGGAAGGGUGCCUUGCUUUCUGUUUAGGGCUGUAAGCCUUCACUAGGUCAGUGUUUCAGUUUCUGGCUCAAGCCACCCCAGCACUCCCUACCCCACUUCUGGUCCACAUAACAUCAUGGCACCUCACACACCAUGGCGACAGACAACAUGUUCCCACAAGCUUCUCAGAUUGUUCUCUUGGUCUCAAUAGUGUCUGGAGUCUGCCCCCUGCUCUCUCUCAGCGGCACAGUGUUCUACUUGAACACAUAGACUGUGCUGGGAGACUUACUGGUCAAAAGGGAGUUUUAGUGCUGUUGAGGUUACACGGCCACCAAAGAUCUAUAAACCUAGAAAGAAAAGAGGGAAAGAGGAAGAAAUGAAGAGCCAGGCAUGGUGGUGCACACUUUUCAUCCCAGUACUCAGGGGCAGAGGCAGGCAGAUCUCU